AAAAACACACUUGUACCGUACAGGUACGAGAUGGCAGGGAGGGCUCCCUGCUGGGAGCGGGCAGCCCGCUGGUCGCUCUGCACGCUCGGCAUGCUGCUGUCUGUGUACGCCCUGCAUGUGGAGCUUUCCCGGGAGAGAGACCCGGGCUACCGAGCCAUGUGCGACCUUGGCGCCUCGGUCAGCUGCUCCAAAGUCUUCACGUCCAGGUGGGGCCGUGGCUUCGGACUAGUGCAAUUAGUCUUGUCAAAAGAGAACAUAUUAAAUCAGCCUAACAGUGUCCUGGGAAUCAUCUUCUACACGCUGCAGUUGGCAUUGGGUCAGUCAGCGUCCAGCAGAGCAGCGCUGUUUCUGGUGUUUUCCUCUUGGGUUUCAGUGGCAGGGUCGCUUUACCUAGCUGGAGUGCUGCUCUUCAUUCUAGAGGACCUCUGCCUGGUGUGCGUCACAACGUACCUCAUCAACUUUGCUUUGCUCUACACCAACCUCAGGAGGAAAAGGGGGUUGACUUUGGCCAAAGAGAAGGCUGGUUGAGAGGCUGCAAGAUAAACAGCAACAAGCAUUUGCAUGUGGCCAUAAAGGAUGAAGAUGUUUCCUUGACUUUACUGUUACAUUGAAACAUGCAUAAAGAGGAAUUCAGAUUCAUUAAUUUCCAUCCUUGAUUUUAAAGAUUUUAACACAGUAUUGUAUCUUUUUGAAACCGAUUUCAUAUAGGGCGCCUAUUCUGGUUCAUGGUAAUCAUACAGGACAUUAAAUAGGUAUGGAAAGUAACAGGAAAGUAACACCUGCAAAAUAUCAAUAAAACAUCCCGAAUUUUUGUUUUGUUCCAAAAGUAACGUACCCACUUUUAACGGAUUAAACUAAGGCCUUUAAAAUGCAGUAUUUGUAAGUUUUCUAAGCAACACCCUAUGGAAGAAGUAGUUUUGAAAUAAAAUAUGAAGGCUCGGA